AUGGGGGUACAAGACAACAACACCACGGUGGUGAAGAAGGCCAAAUGGUGGCAUCUUCAAUGGUAUUCUGAGGAGGAUACACCCGAGGAGCGCAAAUUCAUCGUCAAAUUAGAUCUCAUCGUCGUCCCAUAUGCUGUGCUGGCAUAUUGGGUAAAGUAUAUCGACCAGUCUAACCUCAACAAUGCCUAUGUCGCAGGUAUGAAGGAAGACCUUGGGUUUUAUGGGAACCAGCUGGUUCAAUUGCAGACAAUGUAUACGGUGGGAGCAGUUCUUGGGCAGCUCCCAUUUCUGCUCCUGUUUACUUAUAUCCCGAUGUAUUGGACCAUUCCAUUCCUUGACAUAAUGUGGGGUAUAUUCACACUGCUUCAGUACCGCACGCAGAGUUUUGGCGAACUGAUGGGGUACCGCUUCAUGAUCGGUUGGUUUGAGGCAAGCUUUUUCCCUGCGAUGCACUUCGUCUUCGGUAGCUGGUAUCGUGGGCAUGAAAUUGCACGUCGUGGUGGCGUAUUUUACACAGGACUUGGCUUGGGCACACUCACUGCUGGCCUCAUUCAAGCUGGCGCAUCACACCGUCUCGAAGGCGUGCAUGGUCUCGAGGGUUGGAGGUGGAUGUACAUCAUUUGUGCCCUGAUCACCAUUCCCGUCGGCAUCUUGGGUUAUUUCCUCCUUCCUGGCACUAUUGACCAGCCAAAUCGAUGGGUGCUCAACCAGAAGGAUAUUGAGAUCGGUAAAAAUCGCUUACUUCGGGCUGGCCAUAGGGUCGAGGGCAAAUUCAAAUUCACCCAUCUGAAAUCCGUCACUCUGUCACCGCAAUUCUGGACGGUGAUCCUUACUGACGUCUUGUUCUGGAACGCUGGCAUCUACAAAAGCACCGCAUCUUUCCUGUUGUGGAUCAAAUCCCUGAAUCGCUAUUCGGCCGCUGAAAUAAACGAGUAUGGCACCAUUGCACCUGCCGUUGGCAUUGGUGUUACAGUUUUUGCAUGCUUCGCCUCUGACCUUUACCUGGGGCCGGCUUGGGCGAUUACCAUGUGCUCGACUCUGAACGCUGUCAGUUUGGCGAUCCUGACCGCUUGGUAUGUACCGGAAGGAGCCAAGUGGUUCGCUUUUGCCAAUAGCUACUGGUCCAAUGCAUUGAGCAGCAUUUUCCAUGGUUGGGUCAACAAUAUCUUGCGAGACUCGCCUGAAGAGCGAUCGUUCACUUUAGUCCUCAUUAAUAUCAUUGCUCAAUCCUCCACCGCAUGGACACCUAUCCUAACCUUCCCCACAGUCGAGGCCCCUCGAUUCGCCAAGGGUUUCUCCUUCUGCCUUGCCUGUGCCAUCGCGCUGAUCAUCAUGACUUGGGUUCUCAAGUGGUACAUCGAUCGCCUGAAUGCCACCAAGGUCACCGACACUGAGAGCGAUGGUGAGGACCGCGUGACCAGCCCAGCGAGAAGCGAGAAGGCCGCUCAGGCUGAAGCUGCGGAAGUCCACCGUUAA